UUUUACUGAAACGACACCGCUCUAUCGAGUAAAAAUCAUCGUCAUCAUCAAAAACCCAAAACUUCUGCAAAACCUCAAACCAGAGGGAGUGAAAUUUUCUGUGACUGAGAUACUGAUAGAAAAUAUUUUAGUUUCCUUUUCCUCUGUUGGCUUUUAUGAGUAUAAGGAAAUGAAAACCCUUACUCCACUGAAUUCAAUUCAACUUCACAAUACCAAUCGAUUGAAUAUUUUUGUCCACAAAAAUGCUUUCAGGUUUAAGAAAUUGAAUUUUCCUUUCAGUUACAGUACAAAACUCACAUUCACUUCUGUUUUUGCUGCUCCCACCUCUAAUUCACUUCUCCAACCACAACAAGAAGAUGAUGCUGAGUCUGCUCAGUUAUUUGAGAAAUUGAAGGAGAAAGAAAGGGAAAGAGUGAAUGAAUUGGAAGAGUUAGACAGGAAGGCGAAUGUGCAACUGGAGAGGCAGCUUGUAUUGGCGUCCGAUUGGAGCAGGACUUUGUUGACUAUGCGCGGAAAGUUGAAGGGAACCGAGUGGGAUCCUGAGAACUCUCAUAAGUUGGAUUUCAGUGAUUUCUGGAAGCUUCUUAAUUCCAAUAAUGUGCAGUACAUGGAGUACUCCAACUACGGCCAGACUGUCUCAGUGAUUCUGCCGUACUACAAGGAUGGCAAUGCAGAGAGAGGAAAAGAAAAUUCUAAGAAGGAAAUUGUAUUUAGGCGCCAUGUGGUUGAUCGAAUGCCAAUUGAUUGUUGGAAUGAUGUUUGGAAAAAGUUACAUAAUCAAAUAGUAAAUGUCGAUGUUCACAAUGUCGAUACUGUUCCUGCAGAAGUUUACUCUACUGUUGCAAUUGCGGUUAUUUGGUCUAUGCGGCUUGCUUUAGCUGUUGGAUUAUAUGUCUGGAUUGAUAAUAUGAUGAGGCCUAUUUAUGCAAAGUUAAUACCUUGUGAUUUGGGAAAACCUACCCAAACAACUAGGCAACCGCUCAAACGCCGUGCUCUUGGAUCGCUGGGCAAGAAUCGGGCAAAGUUUAUAUCGGCAGAAGAAACUACUGGUGUUACCUUUGAUGAUUUUGCUGGCCAGGAAUACAUAAAAAGGGAAUUACAGGAGAUCGUACGAAUAUUAAAGAAUGACGAAGAGUUCCAGGAUAAAGGUAUCUAUUGCCCUAAAGGUGUACUUCUCCAUGGACCUCCAGGAACGGGCAAAACUUUGCUAGCUAAAGCUAUUGCUGGUGAGGCGGGACUUCCUUUCUUUGCUGCAAAUGGCACAGAUUUUGUAGAGAUGUUCGUAGGUGUGGCAGCAUCUCGUGUCAAGGAUCUUUUUUCCAGUGCCAGAUCAUUUGCUCCUUCCAUCAUCUUUAUUGAUGAAAUUGAUGCUAUUGGCAGCAAACGUGGGGGGCCUGAUAUUGGCGGGGGUGGUGCUGAGAGGGAGCAAGGCCUACUUCAGAUACUGACCGAGAUGGAUGGAUUUAAGGAAUUUACAUCUCAGGUGCUAGUUAUAGGUGCAACAAAUAGACUUGACAUUCUUGAUCCUGCCCUCUUGAGAAAGGGUCGGUUUGACAAGAUCAUAAGGGUUGGUCUGCCAUCUAAAAAUGGUAGAUUGGCAAUUUUGAAGGUGCAUGCUAGAAAUAAAUUUUUUCGUUCAGAAGAGGAAAAGCUGGCUUUACUGCUUGAAAUUGCUGAACUGACCGAAGAUUUUACAGGAGCAGAGCUGCAGAAUAUACUGAACGAAGCCGGUAUUUUGACAGCAAGGAAGGAUUUAGACUACAUUGGAAGGGAAGAACUUCUAGAGGCUCUGAAAAGGCAAAAAGGUACUUUUGAAACAGGCCAGGAAGACAGCACUGAAAUUCCAGAGGAGUUAAAACUAAGAUUGGCAUACCGAGAAGCAGCUGUUGCUGUUCUUGCAUGCCACUUUCCUGAUCCUUACCGCCCUUUUACAGAGACGGAUAUAAAUUCUAUACAUAGCCAGCCAAAUAUGCGGUAUGCAGAAAUUGCAGGCAGGGUUUUCGCGAAGAAACCAGACUAUGUGAAUGCUAUAACCCGUGCAUGUGCUCCUAGAGUCAUUGAAGAGGAGAUGUUUGGGAUAAACAACUUGUGUUGGAUUUCUGCAAAAGCAACAUUAGAAGCUUCAAGGCUUGCAGAACUUUUGAUUCUGCAAACUGGGAUGACAGCAUUUGGGAAAGCAUUCUACCGGAAUCACAGUGAUCUUGUACCUAAUCUUGCAGCAAAACUUGAAGCACUUCGGGAUGAAUACAUGCGUUAUUCGACUGAAAAAUGUUCAUCUGUUCUGAGAGAGUACCAUUCAGCUGUCGAGACAAUUACAGAUAUUUUACUUGAGAAGGGAGAAAUAAAAGCUGCAGAAAUUUGGGAUAUAUACAAAAGAGCUCCGCGAAUACCUCAACCUGCCGUGAAUCCUGUUGACGAAUAUGGAGCCCUACUUUAUGCUGGACGAUGGGGAAUACAUGGGAUUUCACUUCCUGGGAGAGUCACAUUUGCUCCUGGAAAUGUAGGCUUUUCAACCUUUGGCGCGCCUAGACCAAUGGAGACCCAGGUUAUUAGUGAUGAAACAUGGAAGCUUAUGGAUGACAUUUGGGAUAAAAGGGUCGAGGAAAUAAAAUCUGAAGCUUCAAUACAGAUUGAGGAAGAUAAUGAGAAGCCCCAACUUUUAAUGGCAAGCCAUUUCCUUUGAAGAUGAAUAUGUUUCUUUUAAUAGUCUACAUUCAGUCCCAUAUCCGCUCUUGUACCAGGCAGUAUUGAAAAUUUGAGUUAUCCUCAAAAGUAGAGGCGAGAGAGAGAGGUUAAAAGAAAAGUGGAGGGAUCAAUGAAUGGAUUCAUAUGUAAAGUCCGAAUUAUGAGACAGGCGCAUGAAGAAGAUGACGGCAAUAAAGAUAAAAGUCUGAUAUUGCAUUAGUUUCGGUUUUGGGAAUCAAUUUUGUUGUAUUCUUGUUCAUUUUUUUCUCAGCUUCACUUACAAAUUCAAUGUAGCAACUUUGGUCCACAAGCUGUAAAUAGAAGCAUAUAAUGCUCGAAUGCAACAAAAAAUAUGCUGAUCUAAAGAUGCAUAUGAAAAUGAAAGCUUUUAAAAUUAAACACUUUUUUGUUGAAUUCUAUCUUUAUUGUUGUAUUUUUUGUAUUAUUUUUA